CCUGCAGACCUGGGCGAGGGCCGGCCCUCCCUCCUCUGCUCCCCACCCUUCGGGGGAGCCAGGCCUCCAACGGGGCGGAGCCCUUGCUGUGUGCCCGGCCCCAGGCCCGGGCCUGCGGCCCUGUGGGUUCCCCAGGCUCCCUAAGAUAGGCUGCCUCAAGGGAGCCCUGUCACCCCACUUUGCAGAUGGGUAAAAGCCAAGCAUGGGCAGCCCCGCCCUUCGUGCCGAUCAACCACACGUGUUUUGCUUUCAGUGGUGGACCUGGCUUCCGCAGACCUGGAAGAGGUCGCGCAGAAGUGUGGCUUGUCUUACAAGGCCUUGGUUGCCCUGAGGCGGGUGCUGCUGGCUCAGUUCUCAGCCUUCCCCUGCAAUGGCGCCGAUCUCUAGGAGGAACUGAAGACCGCCACUGCCAUCCUGUCCACUGGCAUUGGAAGGUAUGUCUUUGUGUGGCUGCAAAUGUGGCCCAUGGCCUGCAGCAGAACGUCCUAUAUGUUGAUUCCAAUGGAGGGCUGACAGCCUCCCGCAUCCUCCAGCUACUUCAGGCCAGAACCUCAGAUGAGGAAGAGCAGGCAGGAGCCCUCCAGAGGAUCCAGGUGGUGCGUGCCUUUGACAUCUUCCAGAUGCUGGAUGUGCUGCAGGGCCUCCGAGGUGCUGUGGCCCAGCAGGUGAGCCAUUCUUCAGGAACGGUGAAGGUGGUCAUUGUGGACUCCGUCACCGCCGUGGUCUCCCCACUUCUGGGAGGUCAGCAGAGGGAAGGCUUGGCCUUGAUGAUGCAGCUGGCCUUGGAGCUGAAGACCCUGGCCCGGGACCUUGGCGUGGCUGUGGUGGUGACCAACCACAUGACCCGAGACAGGGACAGCGGGAAGCUUAAACCUGCCUUGGGCCGCUCCUGGAGCUUCGUGCCCAGCACCCGGAUCGUCCUGGCCAUCGGCGAAGGAGCAGGAGCACCGGGCAGUCAGCGCACGGCGUGUCUGACCAAAUCUCCCCGUCUGAGGAUGGUAAGAGGCUGUAGUGGAGAACCCAGAAAUUCAUGCUGGAGCCACGUUUUCUUCCCUGGUUUCUACCAUGUGUGUGUCUACCAGAGCCAAGUUCAUUCACCCUGGCGUGGGGCAUCUCUGAAGAGGCACGCUAGUGACCGAUGGUAACCCCACGCAUCACCAUCGUGCCUGCGCUCCAUCCAAUACAGUGACUGAACCAUGAAGCUUGCCUUUGCUUCUUUGGUUUGUUUGUUUUGCCUCUGUUUUUCCAUCUGUAAAAUGGGGCUCUCUUCCCCUUAGCUCUGUUUUUAAGUUACUAAGUUGAAAUAAAUGCAAAAACUCUUCUUCA